UCUCACAGAGGAUUCCUUUGUAGCUUCUACUCCAAAUUGGAAGUGAGGCCUCCAAAUACAAGUUUUUUGGGUUUUUUGGUUUUUUCCAAAUACAAGUUUUAAAUGCCUCUCCAGUCAAAACAACACGUAGCCAAGUGUACAGCUGUCAAGUGUAGCAUUUGUUUACUUUAACAAAACAAAGCACUGUAGCAUCACACUGCUAUUGCAUUAAAUCAGGAGGCGAGCAUUUUGAUGAAAUAUAUUAGAUGGAAAUAAGGAUUAUACAUUGAACCACUGCAUAAAGUGUAAGAAUUCGGUAAUGAGGAUCCUAAAGUAAGAAGGAAAUACUCAAAAAAAAAAAAGGGAGGGGGAGGGAUAGAAAAAGAUAAUAUGGAGCAAGAGGAUUCCUAGGAUCUUGAAGACUAGUAAAAUCUGGUCAAGCACUGUUACAUUCGAUUCCUUUUUAUAAAAAUUCUCACCAGCUCUUUAGUGAUUAGAGAACUGUCUAGUGUAAGGGCAUAGACUUUGGACCUCAAAAGUCUUUAAUUUGAUCCUUUGCCUAUCGUUGACUCCUUAUCGGCUCUGAGAAUUGGAGCAGGUUACUGAUCCUAGUUGGAGUACCUUGGCUUGGUUUUGGGAGUCUGGGGUAGGUCUUCCUUUUCCAAGAAUUGACAAGUAUUUACACAUAGAAUUGGUAUUCUCAUACCUUGAAGAAUAGGAGAGGGCAGUCUGGAUCUGGAACCUCCUAAAUAUUGCUAAAAGGUAAACAUACGAGAUCUCUUGUUCUGUCCUUAUAACCUAGGGGGAUCUGGAGGGGAGAGCUAGAGCCAUUUGCAUCCUAAAACCAAUCAUGAAGGCUGAAAUGUUGGGUUUUUUUAGAUUCUGAAUUCCUUUGGAGGCUUGAAGGAUAAAAGAGAAGGUGGUUAGAUGGGGAAAGGAAGUGGGAGAUCCCAAUCACAUGCCAAGGCUAAAGUACAAACAGGAGUGACCAUUAUCUUGGGAUUGGCAGGAAGAGAUUUAUGUUUAUGUGUUCUCUGCUUUCCCACCUCGUGUUUCCAGUUUGACUCAUUUAUGUGUGGUCAUGGCACCUUUUGGCCAACUUUGCAGUCACAUUAUAGGUGACUUAGAUUAUAUCAGUCCAGAUUUCCUCCAUUUACUCACCCCAAACUGGAGCUCAUGUUGACUUUAUCCUUCUCACUUGUCAAUUCUCCUGCCCUUUCCUGUUUGUUUUUGUUGUUGUUUUUUGUUUGUUUGCUUUUUCCUCCUCAGGUGUUCAAGAACAGCCCAUGGAAGAAUCAUAUGAAGAGGUGGUGAUUAAGGUCAUACGGCAGGCGUGGACAUGUUUGGAUUUCCAACAGCUACCCUGCUGGACUGUCACGGAAGAUAUGCUCAGAAUGUAGCAUUUUUCAGUGAAUGUGAUGACAGAAGCCCACCACAAAUAUGACCACUCUGAGGCCACAGGAUCCUCAAGCUGGGAUUUCCAGAAUUCUUUCAGAAGGGAGAAGCUGGAACAAAAAUCCCCAGAUUCUAAGACACUACAGGAAGAUUCACCUGGAGUGAGACAGAGGGUCUAUGAGUGUCAGGAAUGUGGAAAAUCCUUCAGGCAAAAAGGUAGUCUAACCCUGCAUGAGAGAAUCCACACCGGUCAAAAGCCCUUUGAGUGUACCCAUUGUGGAAAAAGCUUCAGGGCCAAAGGCAAUCUUGUCACACAUCAGCGAAUACACACAGGAGAGAAGCCCUAUCAGUGCAAGGAGUGUGGGAAAAGCUUUAGUCAACGAGGUAGUCUGGCCGUUCACGAAAGACUCCACACUGGACAGAAACCGUAUGAGUGUGCUAUUUGUCAGAGAAGCUUCAGGAAUCAAAGUAACCUUGCUGUUCAUAGAAGAGUUCACAGUGGUGAAAAGCCCUAUAGAUGUGAUCAGUGUGGAAAAGCCUUCAGUCAGAAAGGAAGCUUAAUUGUUCACAUCAGAGUCCACACAGGCCUGAAACCCUAUGCCUGCACACAGUGCAGGAAGAGUUUCCACACCAGGGGGAAUUGCAUCCUGCACGGCAAAAUCCACACAGGAGAGACACCCUAUCUGUGUGGCCAGUGUGGGAAAAGCUUUACUCAGAGGGGGAGUCUGGCCGUGCACCAGCGAAGCUGCUCACAAAGACUCACCCUUUGACCACUCUCUUCAAAUGAAGUUCUCUUUAUGAAUUAAAAGUACAAAAUCCUCAGAUCGAGCAACCUAUCCAAUUCUAUGGAAUGAAUGCAGACUCUUUCAGAAAGACCAUCAUUGGGUAGGGCAUACUGACUUUUCUCCUUUCCCCCAAAUGAAUAUGAAAAAUAAAUGUCUUGUUUAUUAUCAUUAUCA